UCCUCGUCAGACACCCGAAAACGAAAUGCAGCCUAGGCCCGCCGCCGCCCCGCUCUCCGCUCCCGCCCCUCCCAACGAUUCCGCCGCCGCCGCCGCCGUAGUCUCUAUCCUCAGCGACGCGGACCCCGACAACCGCCUCCGCGCGUCCGGCAUCAGCCCGGACCCCGCCCUGUUCCCGCACCUCCGCCAGUCGCUCACCACCCUCCCCGAGUCCGCGUUCCCCGCGCUCGCCCGCUGGGCCGGCUCCGCCGCCGCCGUCUCCCUCCUCGCCUCCCGCGGCCUCUUCGCCGCAUCCUGGCGCCUCCUCCUCCUCCAGUCGCCUUCAUCCCCGCCCCCUCCCCUUGCCGCCUUCGCUCCGCUCGUCCGCCGCUACGCCCGCCUCGGCCGCUCCUCGGCGGCUCUCCGCGCAUUCCACUUCCUCCGCCGCAACCCCGACCGCUACACGGUCGAUGGCGACGGCGCCCCCGCCGCGACCUCCCUCCUAAACAUGGCUGUCGGGGCGCUCUGCAAGGAGGGCCACCCGCGCCCGGCCGCGAAACUCGUCGAGCGGUGCCGGCGCGAGGGGGAGCUGGCGCCCGAUGAACGGACCUACAACAUGCUCCUCGAUGGCUGGUCCAGCGCCCGCCGGCUGGACAAGGUCGGGAAGCUCUGGGCUGAGAUGCGCGUGGCCGGCGUGCGCCCGACGGUGGUCUCCUACGGGACUCUCAUCAAGGCGGUUUGUCGGAUGCAGCAGCCGGACCAGGCACUGUCUCUCCUCGACGAGAUGCGGAAGGAGCGGAUCGAGGCGAAUCUGGUUACCUGCAACCCCAUCGUGCAUGCCCUCGCUCAUGCCGGCCGAUUUCGGGACGCAUACAACCUGCUCGAGAAAUUUCCUCUCUACGGGGUGGCCCCUAAUAUCUCAACAUUCAACUCGCUCGUGUUGGCUUACUGCAAAUAUGGAGACCUUGCCGGGGCAAGCGGUGUGCUCAAGGCCAUGAUGGGGAGGGGCAUCUUGCCAACUGCAAAAACGUACAAUUACUUCUUCGUGUUCUUUGCCAAGACCGGGAAUGUUGAGCUGGGGAUGAAUCUUUAUAACAAGAUGGUCAACAAUGGUUAUGCGCCGGACCAGACCACUUACAACCUCCUGGUCAAGAUGUUGUGCGAGGCUAAUCGGCUUGAAUUAGUGGUGCAGAUGAUAAAGGAGAUGAAGGUUAAUGGCUUUGAGUCUGAUCUGGCAACAAGCACCAUGCUGAUACAUUUGCUUUGCCGAAGCCAUCGGUUUGACGAAGCAUGUGCUGAGUUUGAGGACAUGUUUCGUAGAGGGCACGUGCCCCAGUAUAUCACUUACAGGAUGCUUAUGAAAGAGCUCAAGCGGCUGGGUUUGGUUCAACUGGAAGAGAAGUUGACCGACCUAAUGCGCUCAGUACCACAUUCUACAAAGUUGCCUGGCAGCUACAGGGAAAAGGAAGGCGACAAUGCUAAAGAAAAGAGAAAAUUAAUAUUGGAGAAAGCUCAGGCUGUUUCCAAUGUUCUGAAGGAGUGUAAAGAUCUGAAGGAGUUGCACAAGCUAAAAGAUGAUGAAGAAACUGAUGUCCAGGUUGCAGAUAGGAUAGUAGCCAACAUUAGAAAAAGAGUAUAUGGGGGUGUCUCUAGGUUAGCCUCUCCACCUCCUUGAACAUCGAGUUGGCAAAAUCAAAUCAUGAAGAUUUACUGGAUGAUCAGGGAUUUAGAAGUUGAUCACCUAACCAAUUUAUAUUUCACAUGGUUGAUUGCCCUUUGGGAUGUUCAAGAAGCAAGAAGAGAUUGUAACCUCUAAUCCUGUUUGGUUCUUUUUGUGGAUUGGAUAUCCUCCAUGAGAAAUUCACAGAACAGAAGCAGUGGACAUGCAUGAAUUAAUUUAGUGCUUAAGAUGUGGGAUGGAACACACAAGCCUUCUCCAUAUAUGUUUUUAGGUGGGUUAUCAAUAUCUCGUGUUAUAUCUAUUUUUGGGAUCAUCCUUAACGAAGAUGGAGAACUCUUAAUUGAAAGAAGGAUGUCUCUUUUAUAGGAUACCUCUACUAGGAACUUUACAGAUUGAGGUUUGUCAUCCUUGUCCUCGCCGUUGUUGCAUCUCUCGGCGUCGGCGCCGCUGCCGCAGUUGGCAAGCAGGACAAGUUCCUGGCUCCAGUGC